UUUUCUUCUCACGUCAGCGCCAAAUUGACCACUCCCUCUCUCCCCCCCUCUCUCUCUCUCUCACUUACUUCGCACCAAGCAAUGGCGUCGCCAUUCUCACCCGCGCCUCCCGUUCGCUCCCUCCUCCAGCCCAACCCGAACCCGAACCCGAACCCGAGCCGGGGGACCUUCCUCGCUCUCCGAGGUUCGCAUCGCGGAUGGUCGGACGUCUCCGGAUGCCGGUCGUGCAGCGGCGCCGCCGCGUGUUCGCUGCGCUCGGCCGCGAGCUACGCGAGCAUCCGCGGCGGCGGCGGGGCGGCCGCGGCGAGUCUCUGUCGCGACGGGCGCGUUAACCCCAGACGAUUGUUGCAAAAGAGAGCAGGAGUUGUGACGUGUGCUACUACUGAAGAAAUAGAAGCUGAGAAGUCUAUGAUUGAAAAAGAUGUUAAAGAAAGAAUGGAAAAGACUAUCGAAACAGUUCGAUCAAAAUUUAAUUCCAUCAGAACUGGAAGGACGAACCCAGCUAUGCUGGACAAAGUUGAGGUGGAGUACUAUGGGAGUCCAGUCAGCUUAAAGAGCAUCGCUCAAAUCAGUACACCUGAAUCGAGUUCUCUCUUAAUUCAGCCAUAUGAUAAAUCCAGCUUAAAGGCCAUAGAGAAAGCUAUUGUCAACUCUGAUCUCGGUAUGACGCCUAAUAAUGAUGGAGAAGUGAUCCGCUUAUCUCUCCCACAACUCACAUCUGAAAGAAGGAAGGAGUUGUCAAAAAUUGUGGCAAAGCAGGCUGAAGAAGGGAAGGUGGCAUUGAGGAAUAUAAGAAGAGAUGCCUUAAAAACCUAUGAAAAGCUAGAGAAGGAGAAAAAACUUUCAGAAGACAAUGUGAAAGAUUUGUCUAAAGAUUUGCAGAAGCUGACGGAUGACUAUAUGAAGAAAGUUGACACCAUCUUCAAGCAGAAAGAGAAGGAGUUGCUUACUGUUUAGGAACAGGCGUGCUGGGUAAAAUUCUGUCAAGAUCCCAUCUGAGAGAGUACGGAGGUUAGAAGUAGUUCCGGCAAUCGGGGAUGCAUGGACUGCUGAAUGUGCUUAUAGCUGCAUGGCAAUUUUUUUAAGUGACAAUGACGGUUUGGUCAGCAUCAAUAGUUUUUCUUCCUUGAAGAUAAUCUUCGGCCUACAUAAGAUCUCCAACCGGCAGUUCAUUUGCAUUACUUUCAACGUUAACUGCGUCCGUGACAUUGUGGGAAUGUAAUGAGUAGCAAGUUAUUAGGGAUCGGCAUAACGGUGAGGAGGAUAUUGGCAGGCUGACCACGUCCCAAACCCAAAACUCGAGCGCAGUUAUUAAAUGGAGUCCUAAUCCAUCCCACUUAUGAGAACUUGAAAGCCGGUUAUU